CGAAAAUAGCUCAACGACGAAAAGGGGGCCAAUCAGAUUGCAAAAUCGCAGGGCGACACGUGUAUUGUCCCUUGGGCUAUGAAUUCAUCAAAUUGUCUUAUCUCUGAAUUGCCACGUUGAACAAUAGCCGUAUAUAUCCGUUUCUACACCUGCCACUAUAUCUUUUCCGUCACUCUCACAAGAUGGCGAAUUUAACUUUCCUGUGCAUCGCAUGCUUCCUACUUGUCCUUGUUGCAACUGAGGAAGGGGAACUGAAAAUAGAAAAACUGAAGACUUUAGAUGAUGAUAAAUGUCAAAGAAAAUCCAAGCGACUGGAUAUGCUUAGCAUGCAUUACGUAGGAACAUUGGAAGAUGGCUCCAAAUUUGACGCCAGUGCUGACCAUGGACAACCUUUUUCUUUCCAACUGGGUAUUGGACAGGUCAUAAAAGGCUGGGACCAGGGGCUGCUGGACAUGUGUAUCGGAGAAAAAAGAAAGCUGACCAUUCCCUCUCACCUCGGAUAUGGUGAACAAGGAGCAGGAGAGAAAAUCCCCCCAAAGGCCACCCUUAUUUUUGAGGUAGAACUACUAGAUAUUCAAGAUGGACCUAAGCCAGAGAACAUCUUUAAAAAGAUAGAUACAGAUGAAGACAACAGACUCUCCAGAGAAGAGAUUUCGGCACAUCUUGUGGAUUUAUCACGUCAAACCUAUGGAUUCCCGGUGGAUAAUAAAAGUGAGGAACACAAAAAAGUGGUGGAUGGUAUAUUUUACUGGGAAGAUUCUAAUAAGGAUGGGUUUAUAACUCAUGCUGAAUUCACAGGACCAAAGCAUGAUGAACUUUGAUAUUCCAAAUAUCUUAUUUUUUUUUAAUUUGUCAUAUACUUCCAAACUGUCCAUUUAUCAUACCAAAUUCAUUCCACCAUUAUUAUUAUUAUUAUUAUAAGAUUUGUUUUUAUUUAUUUGAUAUUAAUAUGAGAUAAAACACGUUUUGAAUUAUUUUCAAUUCAAUAAUUUUUUUUAUAUUUUUGGUUAUUUUUCUAAUAAAUUUAAGAUUCCUCUGCCAAAAAUGAAAGAAAGAAAGAAAUCAGAGACUCCUGCAUUCACAUUAGUCAUGGUUCUAGUAAUAUUAAUUCUGUUAAUGUUUGAAUAUAAUUAAAUGUAUUUAUUAAUAACUAAACACACUAAUAUAUCAAAUGUUUAUGAUUGUUAAGAGGUAGAUGAAAUAGAAAAUUUUCUUUGAUCAAAAAAUAGAUAUGAUGGUAUAUACACCAAAAGCCUAUUUUGUAAACAAGUCAAUAUUUGUGAUGAGUGUGCUUUAUUUUAGAAGUGCUUGAUAUGUGGUAAAUGUUUGUAAGAAUUAUUAAAAGACGAUAACACCUUA